AUGCUGACCCCCGUAUUCGAACUCACCCAGGACCCUGACUUUCUGACCGUCGCCAUCCGUGUGCCCUAUGCUCGAGUCUCCGAAUUUGACGUCUACUUCGAGGGAGUCGACUUCAAGUUUUACGCCAAGCCGUACUUUCUUAGAUUAACCCUUCCUGGAAGAGUUAUAGAAAAUGGAAGUGAGCAAGGCUCCUAUGAUGCAGAUAAAGGAAUUUUUACCAUCCGAUUGCCCAAAGAAACUCCUGGUCAGCAAUUUGAGGGGCUAAACAUGCUAACAGCUCUCCUAGCACCAAGAAAAUCCAGGACUGCGAAGCCACUUGUGGAAGAAAUAGGUGCCUCUGAGGUUUCUGAGGAAGCAGUAGAAGAUGAUGAUGAAGGAUUUGAUUGGGAAAUUGAACAGACUCCCUAUGAGGAGGUAUCAGAAAGUGAUUUGAAUCUGCAGUGCCACUAUGGAUUUGGCAACUUACGAUCAGGAGUAUUUCAGCGGUUACAGGAUGAAUUAAGUGAAGUGAUUGAUAUUAAGGAUCCAGACUCUGUUCCUGCAGCUGAACGAAGACAGAAACGCCUGGCUGCUGAGCUGGCCAAAUUUGAUCCUGAUCAUUACCUAGCUGACUUUUUUGAAGAUGAGGCAGUUGAACAGGUUUUAAAGUACAAACCUUGGUGGACUGAUACAUAUUCAAAAAUGAUGGCUUCUUCAGGAAAGAGCCAGGAACAAGAAAACCUUGCUGUGCUAGUGUCUUUUUCUGAAGAUGAGAAGUAUCAGCUACGAAACUUUGUCAAUAAAUCUUAUCUGCUGGAUAAGAGAGCCCACCGUCAAGUGUACUACAGUCUGAUUGAUAUCCUUCUGGCCUAUUGCUAUGAAAUUCGUGUCACUGAAGGAGAGAAGAAUGUUGAAUCUGCAUGGAAUAUCAGAAAAUUGAGUCCCACUUUGUGCUGGUUCGAGACUUGUACUAAUGUUCAUGAAAUCCUGGUAUCCUUUGGAAGAAGAGUUUUGUGCUACCCACUUUAUCGCCAUUUCAAACUGGUGUUGAAAGCCUACAGAGAUACUAUAAAGAUACUACAACUGGGUAAAAGUGCAGUUUUAAAGUGUCUCCUGGAUAUUCACAAAAUAUUUCAGGAAAACGAUCCAGCUUACAUUUUAAAUGAUCUCUACAUCUCAGACUACUGUGUGUGGAUUCAGAAAGCCAAGUCCAGAAAAUUGGCAGCUCUUGCAGAAGCCUUAAAAAAGGACUCCCUUACAAAGGCCCAGCUGGGAUUAGAAUUGGAAGAACUGGAAGCAGCGGCCCUUCUUGUCCAGGAGGAAGAAACUGCAUUAAAAGCAGCCUGCUCAGUUUCCAGGCAGCACACACCUUGCUCCAGUCCUGAGGCAAGUGAUUCAGAGGAAUCAGACAGUACCUCAUCCUCCAGAACCCAAGACUCAGAUUCAGAAGAAGACAAGCUACAAGAGAAUGAAUCCAAGACUAUAGGAUGUUUGCUGGGUCCCCUUGAAGAAAGCAGUGUCCUGCUUACUGAUGGUAGUGGAGUAUGCAAGAACAUGGCCUUCCUGAGGUCUGAGGGCAAUCAGGGAAAACCACUUCCCCCUUCUCAUGCUGCAGGAGGGUCUGGGCCUCUGAUAGAGGAGCUUGGAGAACAACUGAAAACGAAAGUCCACAUUUUGGAACCUGAGGGCUCCACUGCUGGAAACCACAGCAGUGUGCAGGACAGAAAUGACCAGCAGACACCAAUUAAUUGA